ACUGUUUACAAGUCACAUGACCUAUCUAUGGCACCAUUUCAGUUCUCUUUCUCCAAUGGCACGACGACCAUCCAAAACUAAGCCAGAAAGAGUUUCUAAGUAUCAAAACAAAGCUACAGAGAAAAGACAGUUCCCCUCCCUUCCCUAUGAAAUAAUAAGAACUGGAAUUCUGACCAGGGCAUGGUAUUGUCAUGUAAUGUCACAGGUUUUUUUUUUUUUUCUAGUAAGGAAAAUUUUCAUUCAAAUCGGAUGAUCUUUCGAAUAUAAACUUAACCCUCUUAUACGUUAAAAACAUUCAUUGCUCACUCUCUGUUAGACUCUAGGCUUAGCUUUCCUUCACUGACUACAUGCCCACUCAACAACAAUAAAGAAACAAAAAAGAGGUCUUCACCUUCACACUUUAAUUCAAAGGCUCUUUAUUAGCCAAGUCUAUUUUUCUUUUUCCUGUCUUUUCUUUCUUUCUUUCUCUCUUUUCUUUUCAAAACCCUAGAUUUCAAAUCCAGGGUUUUGUAUUGUCUUUUGUAUUUCUUCAUGAGUUUAUUUGGCCAUCCUGCGAGAAUUGUUCUAUCUUUUGUUGUUGUUGUUGAGAUUCUCUAUAUGUACUUUUAACUGUGUUCAUUUCAUGCAUUUUUAUCCUCAUAAUGAGUUAAGUUCUGCCCUGUGAGACCUAAAUGUACAACCUUUUAACUGUAUUUUGUUUCUUUUUUAUGUGGGCUAAAUUUCAAUUUUUGUUGAGUUGUUAGAUUUUCUUCCUUUUUAAGGAAAACCCCUGUAAAACCUCUGUUCUCUUUUGAAAUUGAGCAAGCUCUGUAUUUUUCAUGAUUUAUGGUUAAAGGGUUUUGUUUUCUUUCACUUGACGCAAAUUUCAUUGGAAACGAAUCUAUUGUUGUUGUAAGAUUUUCCCCGUUCAGAGAAAAAACCUUGUAACCCUUUGGGUGAAGUAACCUUUCGAGUCUGUACUUGGUGUGUUUAUAUAAAGAAUCUUUUAUUCUUAGUAAAUGCAUGGAUGGAAGAGAAGCCAUGGUUGUGGCCGGUGGCUCAGCUCCCUAUUACAUACAACAUAGAGGAGUGGCCAGUAGUGCUCAAUCGGCAGCACAAACUGUUAUAUUACAAACACCGCAAGGGUUUAGACCGUCAUCAAGUCAUAACAUUUCAGCUCCAUCAACUAUGGGAUCAACAUUUUCAGUUGACCCUAAACCUGCCAGUUUUGUCCACAACAUGGGGGUGCCAUCUGGGGUGUCUCUGAGUGAGCCUGUGAAGAAGAAAAGAGGUAGGCCUCGGAAGUAUGCUCCUUAUGGGCAGGUCUCCUUGGAGCUUUCGCCUUUGCCACCUAAGCUUACGUCUUUUCCAGCGUCAGAUUCUCAGGCAUUUAAGCGGGGGCGAGGCCGCCCUCCUGGGACCGGGAGGAAGCAGCAGUUAGCAACUCUUGGUGAAUGGAUGAACAGUUCAGCAGGACUGGCUUUUGCGCCACAUGUGAUCUCUGUUGGAGCUGGAGAGGACAUUGUAGCAAAAGUAUUAUCCUUUUCACAACAGAGGCCAAGGGCUGUGUGCAUCUUGUCUGGGAGUGGUACUGUUUCAUCAGUAACGCUGCGCCAGCCUGCAUCUUCAGUGCUGACGGGGACUUAUGAGGGUCAUUUCGAGAUAUUGUGCUUGUCAGGUUCAUAUUUAAUUGCUGAAGAUGGUGGUCCUCGGAAUAGAACUGGUGGUGUAAGUGCCUCCCUUUCUAGUCAGGAUGGUCAUGUUUUUGGUGGUGGAGUUGCUGUGCUUAUUGCUGCGAGCAUUGUUCAGGUGGUUGUAUGCAGUUUUGUAUAUGGUGGUUCCAAGACCAAGAGCAAGCCUGUAACCAUGCCUGAAAGUGAUAUGAAUUCCGCACCCCAGCCUAAUAAUAAAUUAAGUACCCCGAUUCGCGAACCCGUCUCUCAAAAUUUCUCCUCCACUCCAAUCAAUGCCUGGACGGAUUCUAGGCUGGUUGAUCUGAGAAACCCUCAUACUGAUAUUGAUUUGACACGAUAAUUUGCUGCGACAAACUUAUGGUGAUUUGUACAGAUGUGUAGUAAAUGUAUUGAAUCUGUGAAAUCUAUGAACUUCUGAAAUCCAACCUAUUUGCUCGGUAGGGGCACCGGGUUUGUGCUAACUUAGUUUGUAACAAAGUCAUCAUCUUUAGGUUCUCAAAUAACGGUGAGAACUUGUUGAAAUUCUUUUAGCAGGUUGGAGUUAAAUGAUGCUUAGGAGAGGAAAAGUCUGUUGUCUUCAGUCUUUACUCCUGGGGGCCCCUAGAUUUUGUUGUAUCCUUGUCUUAUUUCUAUUUUCAGUUAUAGUUAUUGGCUGUACUGAUUUACACA